GUUCCACACGUGACUGACUUGAAGCAUCCUGGAAGGAAGUAAAGACAGAGCUCAGACGAGGACAGCAAGAGAGGAGAAUCAUCCUUUGACCACACAGCAUCGUCACCCAGAAAGCAGGAUCUUCGCAGGAUCAUUUUUAUCUGUGCCCUUUCCUUUAUUUUAUCUGCCUUUUGUUAUUUUUAUAGACAAAAACCAGCACCGAAAUUGCAAUUGUUCAUCCCCAACCUGCAAACCAAGCCUACAUCCCUCAUUCCCAGCGGUUUUCUGUUUAAAGUCCUGCGCGGUGUUUUGGAUGUGUCGGCCGGCUGCAGCGGUGUUCGCGGUGCUGACCGCCUGUCUCUGUUGCGGUCCGCUUCUGUGCGCGGCGGGGAGAAGCCAGCAGCUCAAUUACCGACCGGUCAUCGGUGUGUUGGCACAGGAAAACCUUCCUGGAGACCAGUUUGCUCGUGGCUCCUCUUACAUCGCUGCCUCCUAUGUCAAAUACCUGGAGGGAGCCGGGUCAAGGGUCGUACCCAUCAGAAUCAAUCGCACAGAAGAAGAAUAUGCUAAGAUUUUCUACUCAAUUAAUGGGUUGUUGCUGCCAGGAGGAGAUGUAGAUAUUCAGACAUCGCAGUUCAGUCGAGCCGCCAAGAUCUUUUACGACUUGGCUCUGAAGGCCAACGAUGCUGGGGACUACUUCCCUAUCUGGGGAACUUGCCAGGGCUUCCAGCAGCUGUCUGUCCUCACAGCCAACAAAAACCUGCUCACGCUCACUGAUACCAAGGCUGUGGCUCUAGCUCUCACUCUCACACCAGCGGCCCAGUCCAGCCGUCUGUUCCGGAGUUUUCCCAAGGAUCUGCUGCAGUCUCUGGCUGAGGAAAACAUCACUUCCAACUUCCACAGCUGGAGUCUGUCUAUGCAGAACUACAGCCGAAAUGCCAAGCUGAAGAGGUUUUACAAGGUCCUUUCCACUAACAAUGAUGGGAAGAAAGAAUUCAUCUCCACCAUGGAAGCCUACCGCUACCCAUUUUAUGCAGUGCAGUGGCAUCCAGAGAAAAGCCCCUUUGAGUGGAUAGAUAAGCCGGGCAUGGUUCACUCCACUUCUGCUAUAAGAGCCUGCUUCUACACUGCCAGCUUCUUUGUCUCUGAAGCUAUGAAGAACCAGCACCAUUUCUCCAGUCCUGUGGAAGAAGACCGAGCUCUCAUCUACAACUUCUCUCCCGUCUACAGAGGCAUCCACGCUGUCUUUGUGCAGAACUAUUACUUUGAUUGAUGGACAGUACUGAAGACGAAACAGACCUGGGCUCGGUCUAGUCAGAAUUUUGUCAUUGGUACAACAUCUUGGCCCAAUUUUAAAACCAAACUUGAUGGUGUCGUCACUUGCAGUAGCCUCAAACAUCAAGUAGAUAAUUAGCUUAGCUCAUUUGCACAGUAAUAUGAAAUGCAGAUGUGCCAACAGGACAUGAUAGGUUAAAUUAUUGUCCCUAUAUUGUUAAAACUACAUCCAAUCUGACUGGCCCGUAUAUGGACUAUGUUUUGCCUCCAGAAUUAUAUAGGUCCAAUUAUGGCAAACUAAAUUAAAUUAACCUAAACAUAAAGUACUGAUAAAUACUUGGUCAAGAAGAAUAUGACCUACAUUCCAAAUAUCCAAUUUUCAGGGUAAAAGCUUACAUUUCCAUGUUAUUAAAAUACUUCAUUGGAUACCUUUGCUGGUGUUUAAUGCUAUUAAAUUACAUGUCCCCAAAAAAUAAACCAUAAGGGGCUUAACAGCCUGAGGGAUCAGUGACAGAGUUUUGCAAAACCACUAAAGUCACCUCACUUAAGUUUUCGUACACCCACUCCGGGACCAACAAUUUCCCAAAUCACUGCCAUUUCUGUUUUUAUUUUAUUGUUUUGUUUUUUUGUCUCUCCAAAUAUGUUUUUUCUUGGGUUUCUGGACACAGUUCUUGUCAACUUCAACUCACUCACCUCUGGGAAACGUCACGCCUGGUUAGUUUUGUUUGAUAGAAGUCAAGUUCCCUUCGGUGAACACCAGCACCAGGCUCUACCCUGUGUACAUUUGUUUUAAACUUUUCCACUCUGUGGGAUGCAUUUCAAAAGAUUACAAAUUGCCCAUAGCCUCAUUGGGAGGAAUUGUUAGCCUCCUUUAGCUCCUAAAAGUCCAGAAGGUUGAAAUUAACUAAAGGCCUUUGUUUUGUUAGUAUACCCCAAGCCUGAUGAAAAUCCCACUUGACCCAGGCUUAAACAUGGAUAACCAAUAAACACUGACUUGCCUCUGUUCCCAUGUUGUUUGAUCAUCAGCAAGAGGCUACUGAAGGUCAGUUAGACUGUGACAAACUGCUGUUUCAGUAUCAGUGUUGAAUAAUGAAUGUGAGUCUUUAAUAAUCUUUCUUUCUGUAGAAAUGGAAAAAUCCUUUGCUACCUAUAGUCCUUUUUUUAUGUAUUGGCUUUAUUCUACAGCACAUCACAAGUUGCUCAUCUCUCAAUAUCUGUACGAUAUACAGCAUUCAGUGUGUAUACCUAUCAAUUGGAAAUGAAAAGUUAAUUAGUUAUUUCUUUUAAAGAACUACUAUCAUAUUUUUAAGUUGUGUAAUCAUGUUGUAUCAAAAACUCUAUAGAUGAGUCUUGAGAAAGAGUUCAGUACAUGAUUGUAUUCUUUUGUUUCCCUGUGGGCAUUUAAACCUUUUUACAGGAAAUUGAGUAUUUUGUAUAACAUGUUGUUAGAGAGUCAGAGAAUGCCACACAUCUCUAAAGAUUAUCAGGAUUUUAGAAAUUAUAGUUUUUACACUGAAACAUAUUUUGGGUUUUUUUUUUCUUUCAAUUUUACAGUAGGCAGAUUUCAGCAAUGACAUUCAUUUUAUAUAAAGGGGGUUGGAAACCUGAAAACCUUGUAGGUAUGAGGUUUCCUCAUGAUACCAACAAUGUUCUUAAUGGAAAAGGUGGAUUUUAUGGAUCAUUUUAUGAUUGUCUGAUUUUAAAAUAUAACAUUGAAUGUUUAAUGGUGUGGCAUGACAUCAUAACUGUGUUGAGACAUUUUGUCAUUUCCUUCAUCAGCCAUUCUAAAACUAGUAUACCAAACCAAUAAGGCUCAUCAUUUUGGGUUUUUAACAAUUAUCAGACAAAUACAGGAUUUUUUAUUUUUUUUAAAAAUUUUUGCAGUGCAAGAGAAAGCACACAAAGUCAUCAGGUGACCAAUACAGCCAAAGUCAAAAUAAAUAAAUGAAUGAAUAAAAAUAUUCCCUUUUUGGUUUUGUUAAUAAAACCAAAAAUAAUGAGCCCUACAACAAACUAGUUGUCCAAAUCCUACUUUAGAACAUUCUAUAUUAUAUUUAGUUUAACUCAGUGGCUUUGGAUACAUGCAUUAAUUGCACAACUGAUUGUACAAGUUUUGCUUCUUUGUUUGACCAUGUGUCGGAUGAUCAGACAAUAAAGGAAGUCAAGUAAA